GUCCAUACACUGGUCAAACCUGAACAUUUGGCAAAACCUGGAGAUAAAAAGGGGUUUUCAUCUGAGUUCAAUGUUGGAAAUUGUCAACCCGCCAUUUCCAGGAGAAUGUUUCGCUAACCUGUGGAUUCACAAUCCUGAAGCAGAGAUGAAGUCUUGAUGGAGGACAAGAAAGCAAACUGGAUUGCUUGCUCGUCGGUUCUUGCUCUGAUCGUCGUGAUAGUCGUCGCCCGUGCGACUCUCCGACUUUCCAGGGCCUUUUACCUCAUCCUCGGCGUGGAUGUGGCGUUGAUCCUGUCGGUCUUCGUCUGGCUCGCGGUAAGGAGGCACUACAACCGCCGGCGGAUACUGCUCGAGUCACGCCUGGCCGAGGGCCGUGAGCUGAGGAUCGAGUACAGUUUCCUCCGCAAAGUCGCCGGGGUCCCGACCAAGUUCCGGUACAAGGAGAUCGAGGAAGCGACCGACGGCUUCCAGGCCCUGCUGGGCCAGGGCGCUUCUGCGGCGGUCUUCAAAGGGAUCUUGAGCGAUGGCACGGCUGUGGCGGUCAAACGCAUUGACGGCCAGGAGCAUGGCGAGAGGGAGUUCCGCUCGGAAGUCUCUGCGAUUGCGAGCGUGCAGCAUGUAAACCUCGUGCGCCUGAUCGGCUAUUGCUGCGUCCCUGCUGGGCCACGCUUCUUGAUCUACGAGUUCGUCCAGAACGGCUCGCUGGAUUGCUGGAUUUUCCCCAAGUCGGGGCGGCGGAGCCGGCUUGGAGGCUGCUUGUCGUGGAACCAGAGGUGUCGGGUGGCUCUCGACGUGGCCAAGGCGCUUUCGUACCUCCACCAUGAUUGCCGAUCUCGCAUCCUACACCUCGAUGUCAAGCCUGAGAACAUACUCAUCGAUGAGAAUUACCGGGCUGUUGUCACUGAUUUCGGCCUAUCAAAACUGAUGGGGAAAGACGAAAGCCGGGUCAUCACUACAAUUAGAGGGACAAGAGGGUACUUGGCCCCGGAGUGGCUAUUGGAGCACGGAAUCUCCGAGAAGUCAGACAUCUAUAGCUACGGGAUGGUCCUCCUCGAGAUGAUUGGAGGGCAAAGGAACGUGUGCUUGAUUGGGAACGGGAACGCCCGGUCAGGGAGGAAGUGGCAGUACUUCCCCAAGAUUGUGGCCGAGAAAUUGAAAGAAGGGAGGCUCAUGGAGGUGGUCGAUCGCCGGCUGUUGGAAGACGGGGGUAUCGACGAGCGGGAAGUGAGGAGGCUGGUUUUCGUGGCCUUGUGGUGCAUCCAGGAGAGGGCGAGACUCAGGCCGAGCAUGGCCCGGGUGGUCGAGAUGCUCGAGGGCCGCGUGGCGGUCGACGAGCCCCCCGACACGGCGAUGAUUGUGGUCGACCUCUUAUCGGUCGAUGAGGAGGACCGAGACGAUCCGAAUUGCCCUAAAGUUGCUACAGCACAUACCGUGGGGUCUAAUGUUCCUAGUUGCUCAUAUUCAUUUGCAUUGUCUGUUCUUUCUCCCAGAUAGCUCCCACAAAAUGUACCAUCAUCAAAGCAGGAUGGGUUGCUUUUGGACCAGGAGAGUGGCUUUUCCAGGGAAGAUAUUUUUGGUUAAGUCAUUUUCCAAGUUGCCUUCGCACUGGUCCUACAGAAUUUGUGGUUCACGGCCACGGGCGUCUACAAUGUACUCUCAGCUGUCAAAAUUUAAUACGGAGUGCUGGAUCCGCGCAACUGUCUCGGCCUCUUGAAGCUCGUCCCCGAAACCGCGGCGCCGGUUCGACUCGGAAAUACAGCCACUCUGGUCAGCGAAUUGACGAGACGGUAAACAUCUGAUCGAAUUUCCUAUGAAACUGCUCUCGGGAAUUCCUGAGACCGCAGCUGUCGUUUUUCGUGGAUCUUAGGACGCGGUACUUGAGUUGACUUCGACGGCCCGUCUUCCGAUCCUAGACCGUGUAUUAUACACCAGAAACUUGUAAAAAUGUAUUUCAAGUUUUUCUUAUACAGUACUGAUACAAAAAAAAAGGUGCUGCGGUAGAGCAAGUAUAGUCCCCUCUGAGAACAAA